GGUCCGAGCGCCUCCGGGCCCCAGUCCGCCUUCGGGUCGGGAGGAGCCGUCGCUCGGGGCCGUCGCCUGCCUCGGAGCCAGGCUCGAGAACCGGCUUCCAUGCCUAUGGCUGUUCUAAAUUUGGGCCAAAUAUAUCCAUUUCAGAGAGGCUUUUUCUGUAAAGACAACAGCAUCCAGUAUCCGUACCAUGACAGUACCGUCACAUCCACUAUCCUCACCAUAGUGGGGCUGGGCUUACCCAUUUCCUCUAUGAUUAUUGGAGAAACCCUAUCUGUUUACUGUAACCUCUUACACUCAAAUUCCUUUAUCAGGAAUAACUACAUAGCCACUAUUUACAAAGCUAUUGGAACCUUCUUAUUUGGUGCAGCUGCUAGUCAGUCCCUAACUGACAUUGCCAAGUAUUCAAUAGGCAGACUGCGGCCUCACUUCUUGGAUGUGUGUGACCCCGAUUGGUCUAAAGUCAACUGCAGUGAUGGUUACAUUGAGUACUAUGUAUGUCGCGGGAAUGCACAAAAAGUUAAGGAAGGCAGAUUGUCCUUCUACUCAGGCCAUUCUUCGUUCUCCAUGUACUGCAUGGUCUUCCUGGCACUUUAUCUUCAAGCCAGGAUGAAGGGAGAUUGGGCAAGACUCUUACGCCCGACACUGCAAUUUGGUCUUGUUGCUGUAUCCAUUUAUGUGGGCCUUUCUCGAGUUUCUGAUUACAAACACCACUGGAGCGAUGUGUUGACUGGACUUAUUCAAGGAGCUACAGUUGCAAUAUUAGUUGCUGUAUAUGUAUCAGAUUUCUUUAAGGAGAAAAACUCUCCUUUUAAAGAAAGAAAAGAGGAGGACUCUCAUACCACUCUGCAUGAAACACCAACAGCAGGAAAUCACUACCGGAGCAAUCACCAGCCUUGAAAGGUGGCAGAUGAAGCUGGCCUGCUUUUUAAAGGAAAAGAACUGCGCCCAGAAGGCAAGAGGAUAUAUCUUUACAGGCCUUACGGACUGCCCCUGCUGCUACUAUACCUCUUGGAUGCCCACUUUAUCUGUGUAAAUAAUUACAGUUAACACAAUGUUCUCUAAUAGCUGAAGUUCAUUCAAGAAAUUUCAAGCUUCCCACUAAAACAAUGCACCACCUGUACAUUUUUAUUAAAAAAAUGUAAUGCUUAUGUA